AUGGAAGCAUCAACCCCUACCCCCGAGGUAACCACUGCAGUGGCCGCCGCUACCCUGCCGGUCGUUGCUGCCCCCUCCGGCCGACACAUGUUCUCUUCGCGAUGGACCGUGCGGGACAUCUUGGGCCGCGAGGAUGGCGGUGUGGGCCUGGUCGAUCAGGAGGGCGUCGUUGCGGGCUGGAUCAGGACCGUCCGAUUCGGCAACAAGGGCAAGCUGGCCUUCAUCAACCUCAACGAUGGCUCCCUCAUCACCGGCCUCCAGGUCGUGUGCGACAGCAACAAGGAGGGCUUCGACCAGCUCAAGGCCACUGACUGCUCCGCGGGCGCCUCCAUCUGGAUCUUUGGCAAGGUCGUCAAGAGCCCCGCCAAGGGCCAGACCGUCGAAUUCCUCGCCUCCAAGGUGGCCCUCGUCGGCGGAUGCGACCCCCUGACCUACCCCCUGGCCGGCAAGGGACACUCCGUCGAGUUCCUCCGCGAACAGGCCCACCUCCGCGCUCGCACCAACACCUUCUUCCAGUCGAAGGGCUUCCUGAACGUGCACACGCCGCUGAUCACGUGCUCGGACUGCGAGGGCGCCGGUGAGAUGUUCCAGGUGACGACGCUGCUCAACAACGUGAAGAAGCCGGAGGAGGUGGCGCGCACGCCGACGGGCGAGAUCAACUACGCGGAGGACUUCUUCGGCAAGCCGUCGUACCUGACCGUGUCGGGCCAGCUCAACGGCGAGUACUACGCGUGCGGGCUGGGCAACAUCUACACGUUCGGCCCCACGUUCCGCGCGGAGAACUCGAACACGCGGCGCCACCUGGCCGAGUUCUGGAUGAUCGAGCCGGAGAUGGCCUUCUACGAUCUGGUGGACAACAUGGACCUGGCCGAGGCCUACGUCAAGCACUGCAUCCAGCACGUGCUCACCACCUACCCCGACGACAUGAAGUUCCUCGACUCGGUCUACAAGGGCGAGGGCGGCAGCCUGCUGGCCCGCCUGGAGCACGUCCUGGCGACACCCUUCACCCGCAUCACCUACACCGAGGCCAUCGAGGCCCUGCUCAAGAGCGGUGCCAAGUUCGAGGAGAAGGUCGAGUGGGGCAUCGACAUGAGCUCCGAGCACGAGCGCUACCUGACCGAGAAGAUCUACAACACGCCCGUCAUCGUCACCGACUACCCCAAGGACUUCAAGGCCUUCUACAUGCGCCUCAACGACGACGGCAAGACCGUCGCCGCCAUGGACGUGCUCAUGCCCACCCUCGGCGAGCUCAUCGGCGGGUCCCAGAGGGAGGAGAGGCUCGACGUGCUCCGCCAGCGCUUCGCCGAGCACAAGCUCCCCGAGGAGCCCUACAAGGCCUACCUCGACACCCGCCGCUUCGGCUCCGUGCCCCACUCCGGCUUCGGCCUCGGCUUCGAGCGCCUCGUCCUCUUCGUCUCCGGCGUCGAGAACAUCCGCGACGCCAUCCCCUUCCCUCGCUACCCCAAGCACGCCCAGUUCUAA